AUGCUACCCUCCUCGCGCAUUCCUCCGCUUCUCCAACCAUACACGCGACUUCCGAAAGACGACUCGAUCAUUCUCCUCACAAGCGUCUUGGGUGCGAGCGCGAAUUGGCUCAUCAUUCGGUUCCUGUGCGAUGCUUUGACUACUGAUUUCAAAUCCGAUAAUGAAGGCGGGAAUGGAGCGGAUGGACCAGAAGAAACAGCGGUUGUACUGGUUAGUUGGGUGAGGGAAUGGGAGUUUUGGAAGAGUGAGGGAAGGAAGGGUGGGGGGUUGGAUUUGGAGAGAUUGAUGAUGGCGAAGAGGAUUGCGUUUGUUGAUGGGUUGACGGGGAUGUUCCUUCCCCGGGUGGAGGGGGAGAAGGAAAUGGAGAACGAGGUGGAGAGGAUACCACAGAUAGCGAAGACGGCAGAAGGAUUGGUGAGGAGGACACCGCAGUCGAUAGUUCCGGUGAGGGGCCCACCUGGGAGGACACCAGCGAGGGACCCAGCGGCUGCAGUAGUGGCAUCAACUACGACUUGGAACUCGACAUCGAAAAACCAACCGAAUACAUCUACUACACCAGGAUUCUUCACCCUCACAUCGCCCGAUCUCAAACCCCUUUCAUCAACCAUCUCAUCCGCAAUCGCAUACCUCCAGCCACCCUCCACCACCACAAAGAAAAUCCUCCUCAUCCUCGACUCCCCCUCCAUCCUCCUCGCCACCUCUCCCUCCCCAUCUACCUCCACCCUAACUUCCUCAACACUCUGUUCCACUCUCCUAACCCUUCAAACCAACCCCCCUUACCCUGCAUCCCACAUCCUGGUCCACCUCAAUGCCGACACCCCGCUCCUCUCGCCCUCCUCCCCACUCGAAAUCGAUGAACAUAAUCUCCUCGUCAAGCUCGCGCAUAUGAGUACUAGGAUCUGUAGUUGUCGGGUGCUGGAUACGGGCGUUGCGAGAGAUGUUAGUGGGGUGCUUGGGGUUACCCAGAAUAGGGUUCGUGGGGGGCUAGUAUUGGGGAUGUUGGAGGGUGAAGAUGAAGAGAGUACAAAGGGAAGGGAAUUGUUGUAUUUGGUUAAGGGGGAUGGGUCGGUGAGGGUGUUUGAGAGGGGGGCAGGGGAAGGUUGUUGA